GCCAAGUGCUUGGCAAUUUGGAGCGCCUUUUGGGCAGCACUGCUGUGGUCUUCUACUGCCAAAAACUAUAAAACCAAAGAGUCGAUCCAAGCCAAUGCAUAUUCAGUUUUUGGUCUCUGCCAGGAACAGUACUCUCCCAGAAAUGCAUCAAAUGUUGGUCAUUGUAUCGCUGGCUCUGUUGGCCAGUGUGGCAGCCAGUCCUGCUGUGAAUCCCGCUUUGUUUCCGUCGGGAUCACCUUUUGGCUUCUAUCCAUCAUCUGCUGCUCCAUUCGCCGCCGCCUAUGCAGCUACUCCUCUGGUUAAUGCCUUAGGUGCUCCCUUGGGUGCUUCCCCUCUGGCCAUUUCCAGCAGCCAGCGCUUGGACUACUUCAAUCAAUUUAACGCCGCCUUUGCACCAACUGCUCCCGCUCGCAUCCUGGCUGCCAGUCCAUUUCCAGCGGCGCGGGCUCGUUUUGUUCAACCAACUCGUUUUAUUGCUGCUGGAGUGCCGGCACCAUUUUUCAUUUAA